GUUUUGAUUUGUUUAUUAUCCUAGCCUUGCCCUCUCACAAGGGAUGGACCCGUGGAAGACGAUUUGCUGGCUGUGAUGUAACCACACAGCGGCACAGCAGGGCUGAGUCGACUACUAAUUUACCCCACCGAACCGGCGUUUGAAGAGGCAGCAAUGUGCGACAAUGAGUGUAAGCUGACAGGAAGCAAUUCGAUUACAAAGCUGACAGCUAGAGUCUGGGGUUCAUCUAAAUUUCAGCCUCGGAAACUCUCUUCUCCACUACAAUACCAUGGGACAGAUGAAUCUGGAAAUGUUCAAGGAUCCGCAGUCUGCAAAUUGCCGCAAUAGGCGAGCAAGAUUGCGAAGAGAAGGUGUUACUGGAUCCUGUAAGACACGCUCAGCAACGGCACAACUCUCCUUCGUCGAGAACUUUCUGCUCCUCCGGACCUCCCGGAAAUGCCAAAAAACUCUACUCCUUCCUCCUACAGUUAAAAAGGUCCUCGCUUCAGAGCCCUCAACCCAACAACACCACCCCACACAACCACCAGCUCGUAUACUUCACACUUAUUCAACCCUCAUAUGCAUGGCGGAAGACCAAGCUUCCUCAAUGAAUACGAUAUCGAGCACAAAACGCCAUUUGGGCAUUAUAGCACUUGCUGAUAGGAUGCUCUUAUCAGUGAUCAGGAAUAGGAGAGCAAAUCAAGAAACAUCCUCCCUCUACCGUGUGCAUCGAUCCACACAAUUGAUUAUGCAAAGAAACGUAACUCCUCCAAGGUGCCAUACACUCAAAAGGUUGAAAGGAAUCCUCUCUACCCUCACUCCCGGCAUACCUCGCAGCCUCGCCGAGGAGUGAAACUUAUGCAGGCUUCCACUCAAAAUGCCUCUUCCCCGUCACCGGCACCUGGUAAUCCGUAUCCAGCUUCCCAUCCAUCUCCUUACUAUCAUACAUAUGCUGCCAUCUCA